GCUGAGGUUAACUCCACCCGGCUGGUUUCACUGAGCCAUAAAACAAGCCCUCCCCUCUGAGUGUGAGUCUGCCAACACACUUCUCUCUUCACUUUCACUUCCUGUUUCUCUCUGUUGUUUCUCUGUCUGUCUCCGUCGGUUACUCCAAACACUUGAGGACCAACUCUGACUUUAAUUCUUCUUCAUCGUCUCUCUGAGCUGCACCACUGAAGGUCGGGGAUCAGCUGUUUGGGUCUGAUGGCAGAACCAGAGAGGACUGAAGCUCCCAGUUGUUCCACUUUAACCACUCGGCAGCUGCAGCAGAACCUGCGGGCGGAGAAGAAGAGAGAGAGACCAGUCAGGCUGCUGUUUGAAAUCCCCACGACUCGAAUCAUACAACAUGUUCUGUCCAAAUAUGUGGUGUAUGACAUCAUGGUGAUGCGCUCCGGCAGCUUUGAUUCCAGCCGUGUGUCGGUUGAGCGCCGCUACAGCGACUUCUCCCGCCUCCACCACGACCUGUUGGGCGAGUUCGGCGACGAGCUGGAGGAGGUCGUUCUGCCGCCGAAGCUCCUGAGCGGCAACUUCAGCGACGAGGUCAUCUCGAAGCGGCGCCUGGCGCUGCAGGACUACUUGGCGAGGCUCUACGCCACUCGCUGCGCACGCCACGCUCCGCGCUUCGCCCGCUUCUUCACCGAACCGGAGCAGAAACGGGCGCACGCCUUGCUGCGGGCGGGGAAGUUCACGCUCGCCGCGCAGCAACUGCAGACCGUCCUGGAGCUGGAGGAGAAGCUGUUACCGUGGCAACACCCGACGCUGAGCGUGCCCACGCUGGCCGCGCUCGCCGUGUGUCACCGCGACCUGGAGGAGGCGGAGCCGGCUUUUGCGGCGGCGCAGAAAGCGCUGCCGGCGGCCAGACGGUACGGGCUGAAGCAGUACCAAGCGGCGCUGCUGGAGCUGCUGGUGGACCUGGGGUACCAGCUGGGACGUCCCACCGCCACGCUGCAGCACGAGCUCACGCUGCUACGGGACAACGAGAGGGGCGCCGUCGCCACGCGCUCGCUGAAGGAGAUAGUCGUCCAGAACUUCACCUGAACUUUACCUGAACUUCACCUGAGAGAUAGUCCAGAACUUCACCUGAACUUUACCUGAGAUAGUUCACCUGAGAUAGUCGUCCAGAACUUCACCUGAGCGCCUGAAGGAGUUAGCAUCAAAGUCAAAGUAUCUUUGUUAGUCUCCCUGAGGAGAAAUUGCUGCACGAGUAACAACAGAGACACCCAUCAAACACAGUUAAAACAGUUAGAAGACAUUGAACAUCUAGGCUACUCAAAUAGCUGUUCAAAUUACAAAUUACCAUUUUCUAUUUGCAUACCUGGAAACUUGUCGGUUUUCGGCGAAAAUCGCCAUUUUGAAUCUCGACGUGAAUCUUGUAGAUCCGAAAAGUUUUUAUUUUGGGCGGGGGGGGGUCCGAGACCCGGUGCUAAUACGGCACCGGUGCCUUAACGACUGUUAUCUACCAGGCCGUAUAGCAAGUGGAUUUAUCUAGAUGCCUCCGCUUCUCUCUGAUGCUCCGAAAACGGUCGUUAGCAGGUAACGUUAGCCUAGCGUUAGCUAGCAGCUGGAGUAAACAUGUUAAAUGCUGACGGCUGAACGGUGUAAAGUGUGUCUGGAUCUCACUGGAGAGAACUCUAACACCAGACUGGAGCUGCCGGUGUCUGAAAAACAACUCAGAUGUUGCAUUGACUUGAAAUUCGCCUCGCCAGCAUUGUGCUGCAUUCAAAGUUGUUGUAAAAUACCCUUUUCCCAUGCAGUA